AAGAACAAGAAUCCUCACUUACAUUGCAACCCAAAAAAUUAUCAGAUCAUCCAAAAACUAAUAAUCCCUUUACAAACAAAAAUAAGGAAAACCACAUAAAUAGAUUUAUACAACUUUAUCAUAUCAUAUCAAAUACUCAAUUUUCUCAUCCUGGUGUGCCUUGGAAUCUUUCACAGGAACAACUCAAACACCCUGUAGAGUGAUCAAUUGAUCCAGUGCCAUGGCUUCAAGUUCCUCCUCAGCUCUUACCAUCUCUUCCUCAUCCACCUUUGUAGACACUAAGGCUCCCCGCCAAUCUGCCGGGGCAUCGCCGCAAUGUGUGUCUCUCCCUACGCUUCCACCGCCGCCAGUGCAGACUCAGAAGCGCCCAUGGAAGAGCACUGUUUACUGCCGUAAGCUUGCUAGAAAUGUCAUUGCCAUGGCCACUGGUGAAGCCCCAGCUGAAGUUGCAACAGCUGAGACACCAGAGAUUAUCCAGACCGUUCAAGAAGCCUGGGAAAAAGUUGAAGACAAGUAUGCAGUUUCUUCACUUGCGGUGGCUGGUAUUGUUGCACUUUGGGGCUCCACUGGGAUGAUUUCGGCAAUUGACAGGCUUCCAUUAAUUCCUGGGGUUCUUGAGUUGGUAGGAAUUGGCUAUACUGGGUGGUUUGCAUACAAGAACCUGGUUUUCAAGCCAGACAGGGAAGUCUUGUUACAGAAAGUAAAAGACACAUACAAGGAGAUUAUUGGGAGCAGCUAGAAGAACCUCACCAAAUUGUUGCUGAGAUGAGUUGAAAUUCCGGCUUUUGAAGAAAAAUAUCUCAGCAUUGUCCGUAAAUAUGUGGCCAUUCUCUGGUUUUUUUUUCUCUCUACAAGCUUCUGACUAGUGCAAUGUACUUCUCUUGGAGAUACAUGUAACUAUUAUCUUUCCUUUCCCUUUAAAGCACCAUGUAGUUCGGAUAUAACAUGUUUUAUAUACUUGGAAGGGAAAGUAGUCUAAAAUUAGUAAUAAGUCAAUAAUUUGACGAUGAAGUACAAGAAGAAAUAUAUUUAUUUUACUCUCUGGAGUUUAUUCA